AGAGUGAGAGACAGAGUCGGAGAGACGGAGAGCCGUAGAUUGAGUGUUUGUCGGUGGAGUCACAUAUUAAAUCGCAGACUUUACAGCUCAUCUGGGGACUCUUACUUCACAUCCACGCCGUCGUCUUUUCCCCACCACCACCUCCUGUUUCAUGCUGCUUACGUGCAGCCACAGGUUGACCGAUUUAUCCCAGUCACCAUGGAUUAUUCCGCUUCAUCCACUGCCGAUUGUCACUGACAGGAUCAAAAUGGGAACGAUCAAUACAUCACCGAUGACUGGGAGAGAGACAAACUGAUCUUAUCAGGUGAGCGGAAGACGGAGCCAUCAUCAGCGGGGAAGCGACGCGCAUUUUCGAGAGAUAAGACCUGUGGAGGACCUAUAUGAAGGGAGACGAAGCGAAAAGAUGAUGGGAUGGCCGUGACAACAUGAAAAAGAAAAAGUGCUGUGGUCUGCUUUCAUCCAGUCCGUGAUUCGACACAACUAACCUGGGGGGAAAGGGACCGAGGCAGAAGAGGUCGGAGACAGGUGUGCGGCCACAGCUGUGAUCAUGGAGCCUCCCCCUUCUCUGAGCUUGGCUCUGCUAGGAGGGAGCGAGGAUGAGGACCAGCGAUUCCUCCUUCCCCUGGGCAGUAUAUCCCAUCCGUCCACCGCUGGCGCCCAGCCAGGAUCAAACCACUCCAACCACAUGGGAGGAUCAAGCCUCGACCGUCUAAACGGCAGCACCUCAUCCCCCUCGCCUGCCACGCCCAACUUGCCCGCAGCAUCUCUCCCGAAGUUACCACUUUCCUCCGCUGGAGCUCAGCCUUUGCCUCCACCCAUCCCCAAUGCCCUGCACCCCACCAGCACCCCACUCUCUUCCUGUCUGGGCUCACAGCACAGCCUGAGUGGGGACAACUCCCCAGUCUACAACGCCCUUUUUUACUCGUCCCAUUCGCCGUCCAUGGAGCGGGAGAGGGACAGAGAGCGUGACAGGGACAGGGAGAGGGGGUGCAAACACAGACAGGCCAGCCCUCUGGUUCACCGUAGGGACAGUAACCCCUUCACGGAGAUUGCCAUGAGUUCCUGUAAGUACACAGGUGGCGUCAUGAAGCCCCUGAGCCGCCUGAGCGCAUCCCGGAGAAACCUAAUUGAGUCAGACAGCAGCAGCGAAACCAAAGAGGGCGCCGUUUCAGCUGUUGCUGGCGCAACUGCUGCUGGGGGUCAUGACCGGCAGCGAGAAGCCCCCCCUACCUGUUCGGUGACCCAGUCCUCCACCAACCAACCCCCAAUUCAGAGCCCGCCAGAGAUUGUGAUUUCAUCCAAAGAAGAUUCCCCGUACCUCAGAGGAGGUUAUGACAUCACCGACUCCACAUCCAACCAGAUGUCCAUCUACCACCAGAACCACGCACUAGUGGAGAGCAGGCGUUCGCAGUCAGGGAGGGGCAGCAGGCAGGGAGGAGUUGGGGCAGUGGGUACCGGAGCCAGGGGCAGCACCUCCAAGGCUCCCAAACGAAAGAACCAAAACAUUGGGUAUAAACUGGGGCACCGCAGGGCGCUGUUCGAGAAGAGGAAGCGGCUGAGCGACUACGCCCUGAUCUUUGGAAUGUUUGGCAUCGUAGUCAUGGUGAUUGAGACAGAGCUGUCGUGGGGCGUGUACACGAAGAGCUCCAUGUACUCUCUGGCCCUGAAGUGUCUGAUCAGCCUGUCCACUGUCAUCCUGCUGGGGCUCAUCAUAGCUUACCACGCGCGGGAGGUUCAGCUGUUUGUCAUCGACAACGGAGCAGACGACUGGCGAAUCGCCAUGACGAUGGAGAGGGUUCUGCUAAUCGCCCUGGAGCUGCUCGUUUCUGCUGUGCAUCCGGUGCCUGGGGACUUUAAGUUUCAGUGGCGGGCACGGCUGGCCUUCUCGUACGCGCCUUCGCAGGCCGAGGCUGACCUGGACAUGGUGCUGAGCGUGCCCAUGUUCCUGCGCCUCUACCUCAUUGCCAGAGUCAUGCUUCUGCACAGCAAACUGUUCACCGACGCUUCCUCCAGGAGUAUAGGUGCCCUCAAUAAGGUCCAUUUUAACACGCGGUUUGUAAUGAAAACCCUUAUGACGAUCUGCCCUGGGACGGUGCUGCUGGUCUUCAGCAUCUCUCUGUGGAUCAUUGCUGCCUGGACCGUACGAGUGUGUGAGAGGUAUCAUGAUGCCCAGGAUGUGACCAGUAACUUCCUGGGAGCCAUGUGGCUUAUCUCUAUUACUUUCUUGUCUAUUGGCUAUGGAGACAUGGUUCCUCAUACUUACUGUGGCAAAGGAGUCUGUCUGCUCACAGGCAUCAUGGGUGCAGGCUGUACGGCUCUGGUGGUUGCCGUGGUAGCCAGGAAGUUGGAGCUGACCAAGGCCGAAAAGCAUGUACACAACUUCAUGAUGGACACGCAACUCACCAAGAGGAUAAAGAAUGCAGCUGCUAACGUGCUAAGAGAGACUUGGCUCAUCUACAAACACACCAAGCUGAUGAAGAAGAUCGACCAUUCGAGAGUCCGCAAACACCAGCGGAAGUUCCUCCAGGCUAUACAUCAAUUACGCAGCGUGAAAAUGGAGCAGAGGAAACUCAGCGAUCAGGCCAACACACUAGUGGAUCUCUCAAAGAUGCAGAGUGUCAUGUAUGAGCUCAUGUCCGAGCUCAACGACCGCAGCGAGGACUUGGAGCGUCAGAUGCUGUCCCUGGAGCAGCGGGUGGAGCAGCUCACGGCGGGCUUCAACGCCUUGCCCGCUCACCUGUCUGCAACCCUCAGCGCCCAGCAUGCUGCCCUGGUUCACCUGCUCCGGGAGAGGGAUGCAAGGGAUGGUAGAGGAGGAGGAGGAGGAGGAGGUGCUGUGGUUCCACUGUCCCCUGCUGCUUCUUUAACCACUGCGCCAGCUUCAGUUUCUCCAGUCCAGGUCACAGCUCCUGCACCACCUUCAGCUCCGGUUUCUACUUUGGCGUUGGAGUCCCCUCUGUCGCCCCCACCCCUGAGCUCAGAGGGGAGCUUGGAGGCUAGCUCCAACCCCAACACGUGCACCUCUAGCUGCUGAGGACAGCUUUUUUUUCUUUUCUUUUCUUUUUCUUGGACCAGGAGAGGACAAAUAUGAGGAAAAACAGGGAGGAAGGACGGGGGCUGCGCUAGUCCUCACACUUCAGACUAAAGGAGAGAAAUGGGAGAUGAGAGAAAUGUCUGGUGAUCCUCGGAAACUAACGCUCCAAGAGGGAGGGAGGAAGACUAUGAGGGGAAAUAAUGGGAUUAAGAUGGAGGGCCUGUAUGAGUGAUGAGACAUGUUAGGGACUUUGGGGCGCUUUACUUGAUGAGGGAAGGAGAAGAAAAAUGGGGAUAAAAUGGAGACUCUAUAAGGUGUGAGGGGGAGGAAGGAUGCCAAGAGGGUGAGAAAUUGAGGUAGAGAGAAUGAGGAGGACGAAAGAGAGAGGAGGAGAAAUAACGAAGAAUAAUUAUAUGAACUCCUAAAUGGAAUCCACUCCAAUUACUGAAGAAUGCCUUUUAUUAUCUCUAUCUCUCUCUCUUCUACGUCUCUCUUUCUCCCUCUCUUUCCUUCCCCCUUCCCAAUCCCUCACUCCCGUCAUCAGGAAUUAAUGACCAUGACUUUUUAUCCUUAUGAUGUAUUUUCUAUCUGAAUGCUAAUUGUGUAUUAACGAGCAUCCCUUUAACAAAAGGUUCGAUCAAUACGACCACGAUUUAAAAAAAUGAAAAAUAAAAAAAUAGAUAACUAGUGGCAUGCACCACACACACACACACACACACACGUACACACACAAAUCAUGUCAUCCACGCAAUACGAGCUAACACAGCACAAACACAAAUAUAGAGACUCUCACAAAGGCCCUAUUUACGCUCACACAUAGAAAAUAAUGCACUAGCCCACAAGAUGAUACUAAAAGCCAAUACUGCCAAGCACAUGAUGCACUGUCAAUCUCCAUAGAGCACUGCCAAGCGAUGUAGACACACUGUAAAAAAUGUUCAUCUUAACAAUUUAUCUUUUGUGGGUGUGAGCUGAUGCAGUAGUUUAGACUUACGAUGCGUAGUUGUGACAUUUUAACUACUCAGCCGGGAGAAUUGUAACCGUUCAGUGAACUACACAAAUUAUAGAUCAAGCUGAAACAAGCUGAUACAGAGGGACGUGAGUCAUCAUAAUGUCUGUUUGUGAUGAUGAAGACAGUAGCUGAUGGUAAAAUAACCUAACACAACUACUACAGGACUUUAUUACUGCAUUUACAGAAUUACAGAUUGAAAUGAACUGAUGUUUAAAGCAUACUUUGCUGUGCUGAAAUGAGACUUUGGUCUUGUUUCAUUUCUGUGGACGUUUCGUAUGACAGCAGCAGAAAGUGGACAAUUAAUAGUUGUAUUAAGUGCAUUAAUACUGGGGCGGUUAUUAGAAGAAAGAUUAGCUUAUUAUACACAUAUUUUUUGUACUGGCAUUUAAAAAUGGUUGAUUAAUUUCUGAAGAUGAUACCCGUUAAAACAAACCCUGCAGAACUCUAAAGUUGGCUCUUUGCACAAUCUUGAUGCUCCACAUUUAGUGCGAGUACUCGUUUAAUGCCACUAAAUUUGGGUGUUUUGACCCAAAGAUCUACUGCAGAUGCAGUUAGGUCCACAACUUGUUGUCUUUUUGUCUCUCCAUGCCACCACAGUGGAUUAGAAAUAAAACAGGUUAUGAUUAAAGUGCAGAAUUUCAACUUUAAUUUAAAAGGUUUUACCAAAAAAAAUGCAUUAACUGUUUAAGAAUUGUCCACAUUUGUAUACACAGUCCCCCCAUUUUCAGAGGCUCAAAAGUAUCUUGACAAUUGACAAGCAGCUUCAUAGCUAGGUGGGGCCUGUUGCCUUGUUAUUUCAUGACAUGAUUCAAAGAGUGGAAUUUCUAUUUCAUAGUUUUUCAUGGUCAUUCCAAGUGAGGGAGGUCGUCAUUAGGCUUAAAAAUUCAAAAUAAGUGUCAGCUGCUGAGUGGCCAUUCUUGAAAAGAAAGACAACAGAAAACAACUGAAAUGGAUGAUGAAAGAAUGGCUAAAAAACAACUUCACAGCAUCUAACUGAGUCAAAAAAAACUGUCUCCAGGAUGUACAGUAGGUGUAUCACUGUCAAAGUCUACAUCUGUAAGUUUGUAGCUGUUAAUCCAGAGGGUUUACAACAAGCUGCAAACCAGUGGUUACACUUAAGAACAAGUAGGUUGGAUUAUACUAUACUAUACCUAAAAAAACAUCUAGAAAUUAAUAUUUAAAUAAAGAUGAGCCUGUGGCAGAAUUAUGGGAAGAAAGAAGUAAGGAGAAGGAAAGAGAGAAACACCUAUUGAUUUGAAGAUAACACAUUAUCUGUCAGAAACAGUGAGAGAAGUGUUGGUGGAACCCCAUCAUUAGUGUUUACUGAUGGCGUGAUUAACAGAAGUGGCAGGAUGAAUUGUAAAGUGUACAGGGCUGUACUCAAAAAGACACAGAGUAUUCGUCAAUGACCAAGUUAUUCACCUGAUCAGCUUUUCAGUUACUGAAGACAAAAACUGAACGCAGAGAGACACACAAACGAGCAGCAACUGAAGGCAUCUCCAGUAAAAGCCUGGCAUCUCAAGAGAGGAAACACAGCGUUCAGUGAUGUCCAAGGCUGCAAAGGAUUUUCAUUCAAGUAUUUAGAACGCUCCUUACUUUUAAAAUCAUGUUAGUUUUAUGAAAAUGGGGGACUGUUUCUAAACAGUUAAUGCAAAAACAGGAAAGCGCUGUGAGUCAAAGCUGAAAGUCUGCACUUUAAUCACAUCCUGAUUACCUGGUUUAAAAUUCACUGUGGAGGUGUACAGAGGCAAAAUCACAAAAGUCGUCUCUUUAUCCAACAAAUUAUGGGCCUAACUGCACUGAAAACAAUGAAAACAAUUUUAAAAAAUCCUUUACUUGACUAAAGUCAGACCGACCUACAUGCAACUCUAUAAAUAUUGUCUGUCAUUGGCACUUGUUAAAAUCCAGCAGUGAUUUAGCUGUAUUAUUCUAAGUUGUUUUUAUUAGUUGAUUUUUUUAUGACCUUUCAUAAAGGGAAGUAGAUCUUGUACUUUACUGCCAUUCUUUGUCAAACUUGUGGUCCGAAAAACAGCUCACUGUUAUCAUGAAUGUAUUCUGUGUAAAGAAAUACACUCAAACUCGCUUGCUCAGUCACUUAAACUGCCACACAGACACAGGAACAGACACGCGCACGCACACACACACACACACACACACACACACACCUCGACAACCAAAGUGCUCUCUCUUAAAUGGACUUCAAUAAGAGGCAGGAAACGCUGCUGUCACUGGGGACAAAAGAUAGCAGGAGGCGUUGCAGAUAUCUUGACAAUAUUUCUGAGGGAAUAACUGUGAAAAUCUCGGCAUGGACUUGUUACAGUGCUGUACAUGGACUGCUGUAACAGAUGAAGGUGGACUAAGGAUGAACACAAGGGAACACAAAUAAACCUUACAAAGGAUAAAUGGCCAUGAAGGAACAGAUGUUCAUGAAAUAAAUAAAAUGAAAGACUGAGAUAUAUCUGAGAGGAAUUGUAAUGACGUGAUGGGAAAAGAGACAAGCCUACCUUUACAUUGAAGACAAUACUGAAAACUAUCUUUUAGCGACACGCUGUGGCCGGAAUACUGAAUUACAUACGCUUGGAAUAUUGUACAGUAUGCUGUUAACGAAAUAUAGCUUUGUAUUGCUUAGUCUUUUCUACCAUUAUGAUUAAAAGCAGUUAUAGCUGAUAUCUUACCUUAUUAAACUAUAGUAUUCUUCUCAUUCGUCAUGACAAUUAUAAUAUAUGUAUUAUCAAUACGUUAAAUAAUCACGAACAAGGAAAGUGCCGUUUGAGGUUGAAAUUAUUUUGUAAUUUUAUUUUAUCAGAGAGAAUUAAUAAAGUAUAUAUCUAUAACAUUA